UUCUGUUGUCUUUGGUGCAGGUGCGGAUGGAGAAAAGAAAAAUUUCAUGGUGUUGUGGGUGACACAUAUACGUAGAAUAAAUUUAGUGUAAGAUUAUCAGAUUGGCACCAACAGGCAGGGAAAUGGAAUCAAUGGAAUAUGAGCUCGCCAGAAACCUCACUCUGUUGUUUUUCGUGGAACGCCUGCUCGACAAAGGCGAGCCGCGUACGUUGCACGAUCUUUCCUGCCAGUUUGGUGCCAAGGGUUUCACGAAGGAGAUGCGACAGAUCGCUGGCGGGUCGCAGUCGGGGCUGAAGAAGUUCCUGGCGCAGUACCCGGCGUUGUUCAACAUAGACGGGGACUAUGUCGAUAUCAACACGUUCCAGAAGCAUCCCAGUGGCGUUGGCGCGUCAUCCAACAACGACUACAUCGAAGAGGCGAAGGAGUACUUCGCGAGCAAAAUGAUCCAGUACGGCGAAGGUACAGAAGUCCCAAUCAAAAGUCUUCUCGGUCACCGUAGCCAGGCUUCGCCGCAAGUGCGCCACAUCUCUGGCCAGCGCAUCAAGGAGUUCAAGGAUUUCCUCAUGAAGCACCCGGACACCUUCCAAAUCAUCGAAGACAACGUUGUUCUAGUCAGUGAAAAUCAUAGGAGAGGUAACACACACAGCAACUCUGAACAAUUUCACAAUCUACCCGUAGCUAAUAUUAAUACAGAUACCGCCCAGCAGUUGCUCGAUUAUGUCGCCCAAUGCAUAGAGGCGAAAGGCCCUGUGAUGGUCGACCAACUCUUCCAUCUCAUUGUAUCUCGCUUCCCCCAAGAGUACUGGUAUCAGAUGUUCAAAUCUCCUGCUGAUUUGAGUGCCUUUCUUAAGUUAUUCUCGGACAGCUUCCAUGUACAGUCAAACCUGGUGACUCUUAUUAGUAAACCAAAAAUUCCUGUAAUGUAUCUAAAUGCAAAAUCUAAAGCGAAGACUGAAGCACCAAAGCCUAUAGUGGAAGAAAAGUCGUUAUCGCCAGCUCCACCCACAGUAGUGAGCCCUACCCCUUCCGAUGGUAAUAGAAGUCCCGCUAACAGAAUACUCAGCCCUGUAGAAUCUCCCCGUGGUCCUCAAGCCAAUAUAGCAAAUCAAACGUUGAAACAAAGGAUUAAUUCUAUUGUCAUAAAAAACUUAGCCGAAAAUAUGGUUAGGGACAGGGUCAACAAUCAUUUAAAUGCUCGUAGUUCUGAGGAAACAAAUGGCACACCCAGCAUCAGGAACAACAUCAUGGGAGAUGCAUGGCGGCAAAAAGUUCUUCAGUGCACUACAGUUAUUGCAAGUGUCAGAGAGUGUGCAACACUUAUGGAUAGUAUCAUGCUGCCAAAACGCAAUACAAAGAACAUUGUUUCUUUUGAUUGUGAAGGAAUUAAUCUCGGCUUGAAAGGAAUAUUAACUUUGUGUCAAAUCGCCACUAUGAGUGGCGAAGUCUACAUAUUGGACAUUAUGGCAUGCCCAGGUAUGGUAAUGGAGGGUAAGAUAAAAGAUUUGCUGGAGAGUGAAAAUGUUAUUAAAAUCAUACAUGAUUGUAGAAAUGACUCAGUCAAUUUGCAUAAUCAAUUUGAAAUCACUCUAAAAAAUGUUUUUGAUACUCAGGCCGCCCAUGCUGUGCUACAAUUGCAGCAACAAGGUGUCCCAGUUUACAAAGUUAAAAAUUUGAGCCUUAAUGCUUUGUGUGAGUUGUACAAUGCUCCGAUGAAUCCCAUGAAGGAACAGCUGAAGAAUGUCUAUCGCAGAGACCAGCGAUACUGGGCUAGGAGGCCAUUAACAAAAGACAUGAUAAUUUAUUCUGCUUCUGAUGUGCUCUCAUUAGUCAAUCCAGCAAUAUAUGCUUACAUGUCCAGCAAUAUAAAGCCAGAGAACCAGCAACUGUUUGAAGAACUGAGCAAUGAACAGGUGUUUAUGCACAUCCAGCCCACAGAAGUGAAACUCAGAAAGAGACAAAGAAAAAUCAAUACAGAGGUUGGAGAACUGAAACAGAAAUUGGCUGAGACAACAAAGAAUAUUGUGUUGAGCAACAGGGAGAUCAGAUUGCUCAGAUAUUUGGAACUCACAGAGGAAGAAAAAGAAAAACUAAAGGGAUGUCACAAAAUAUCUAAAAAGUUGGAAAAAUUGGAGGCCAUUGGACAGGAUAAAGAUUCAGAUUCUGACGAUGAUGAAAGGGAAAAUGAAAUGGCCAGCUUAGAAUCGAAUCCUUCUGACCCUAUAUCCUCUCCACACUCAACACAGCCACCAAGUCUGACAGAAUCCAUGCAGAUGAUGGACGAAAUAUUGUCAGACACAAAUAUGGACAAGGUUGAAAAGAUCAACCGUUUGGAGGCCAUUUUGUCGGCGGUAGCGCCGCUCAGUGGGGAGCUCGAGGACAGGUUCUCGCAAACUAUGGAACAGACACUGCCAUUGCUCAAAAAUAAAGAUUGGUCCAACCUGAGCCAAAUAUUGAACAUAGGUGAGCCAGACAAAAAGAAUUGCGGCUGCCGUUGCCAUAGCGCCAACUAUGACACCAAAUGCAAUGAUCUCAAUGAAGUGAAAAAAUCCGAAGUAGGAUCACAGACCCUUAGCACGGGAGAUAUUGUGAUUACAAGGAUUCAUUUCCGUGAAGAAGAUAAAGCCAAUGAGAGGAUUAUGGACGCGAGUCCCGCAAAUAAACGAACCGGGAUUAACAUGUCUUGAUGCUCAGGCGACGCUUCCAUUUUUCCGAGUGCCAGAGUAAAUUUUCGGAACUGUUCUUUAUGUGAUCAUAUUUCAUAGUUUAAGUUCAAUCACUGGUCUAGUUCUGGAGUGCGGUUGCGGCGCGACUCCGCGAGAUGAAUUAUUAAUUAAGUGUAUGGAGAGGUCUUGCAUUACCGACUGUAUUUAACGCCUACGCUAUUUGCUCAUUUGAGCGAGAAUGCGCGUGUACAUUCGAAUAAAUGCAACUGUAAUUUCGCAUAAUACAGCUACUUCGUUCCUGCUCGGGAUCGAACAGUAUUUGCUGAUGAAUUUUUGUAUUAAUGGGUCGUUCUCAGUGCUUUUCGUCCUCUGCGGCCUCGCUUUUAUUGCGAUCCGUCAAUUUUCUUGAGGAAGGAAUUAUAUCUAAAAUCAAUCGUUCAUAAAAUUGGCAAUACUAAUUCUGGUCUUAGUUAAAAUUUGAAAAAAUGUAAUGACAGCGCGGCCGCAGCUGUCGAAACGCUCUGAGAAUCACCAUAAAUUAUUUAUGUUGGCUAUUGCCCGUUAAGUAAAUCAAACUUUGUGAUACAUUUCAAGGCCUCGUUUUUCGGUAUAUUUUGAAUUGUAAAUAAGAUAAAAUCUGAUUAGCAUGCAUAAUCUUUUCAUCCCAAAUCACGAUAGGACUGCUUUUCUGAUAGGAGUAUAGUGUUGUACAUACCUGCAUAUUUAUUUGUCACAAUAUAGGUAUGUUCGUAGCGAGAUCGUUAUUAUAUCAAAAAUGGCAAUAAUAGCUAUAUACAAUAAAGUCUUUUUUUUACUCUAAGAUAUUUAUAAAGUUAGGUGUACACUAGUAUUUAAACAUGUUUUAAAAAUAUUAAAAUGGUAUAGGGUUAGUGUUAUUGAAUGAAGUUUUAUAUCGUAGGAUGAAAGUGGUGCUUCUAGAAGGUUGGUUUCGAUCAUUUUUUUUCGUUCGCGUAUAGGCAAUGCAGAGUUUAUUAUUACAAUGUAGAGUGACUGAAGGUCUAGUAUUUCUGUUCUAAAAUGUGCCUUCGAGUCAUAUCUGACGAAUGCCUUAUCAAAAUGUGAAUUUGUAGUACUUUUUAUACGUAUUUGUAGUGUGAAUUCAUUGUCAGAGUUUAGAUGGGUUCUUUGUUAACUGGAGCAACAUAUUUUAAAGGCCCCUAGUUUGAAAUCCUCGAAUUUUUUUGACAAUUGUUGUGUAACGUUGCAUUUUAUCAAUUUGUGUAAGUAGAUAAAUCAUGUUUUUAUAUAAAUAAUUGCAAUCGUAUACACGCAAAGUUGUAUACUGUAACAUAUUAUCAAUUAAUAAAAAAAAUCCUUUACAAACAAACACAUAUCAGGUUACACAUGCACUCUACGACUUUUAUCAACUGUUUCGUUUAUAAGGGGCAUCAAUAUAAAAUGUUGUAUAACUACAUAAACUUCCCACAUUGAAAACGCGAGUGUUAACCUCAUUCAGGUUCCCCAUAUAGGUUCUAAGGUCAUACAUAUUGUACGUAGUUUUUGUACAUUUUUAGACUUUGUAGUUACAUCUAUUUUCGAUUAUGUACUGUCUUCUGUAUUUGCCACUGUGGUUACCUAAAAUAAAAUUCACUGCCCGCGUUUCCAAUGUGAAUGGAGCUUAGUUAUGUCAUGAUUUGUUGAUAGCCUAGUGAUAUUUGUACCUUCUAAGCCUGUUGAAUUCAUUCGAAUAGUUUAUUUUUACGUUAUUUAAUACAGUCUAUAUGUGUUAAAAACUAUGCUAUAUUUACACGCUUUUUUGCUUGUUUCGUAGUAAAUUGCCUUUUAUUUUAUGUAAUUGUAUUAAACAACAGUAUUGUAUCGAAAUUAGUACAUUAGCGACGGUAUGUAUACGUUUAUAAAAUGUAUUCUUACCAAUAUUAGUCUACACCACACAUUUUUUUCUUAGUAUCCUUUUUUAUUUCGCUAAAUUAGAUUAAGGUGAUCAAUUUUAAGAAAACAAAAAGAAAACUGGUCUUUGUGCAUUUGUUAUCAAAAUUAUUGUAAUUUAUUUCGAUACAUAUUUUUUACUAUUUUAUUGUGUAAACGUUUUGUGCCUUAUCCACCAAGCACAAUUUAAAAUUAGAUAUAUACUGUUUACAAUUUUGUAUUGUAUUCGUUAACCUUUUUUCAGUGCCACUAUAGUAAUAUUUUACUAUUUAAAGGGAAGCAUUUCCGUUAGUCAGUUAAGGUCUAACCAAGUAUGUUAUCUUCUAAUAUUUUGAGAGUUUUUAACUAAUCACCAGACUCUUAACUGCAUUGUAAAGAGUUUAAUGGUGUAACGUGGCAAAUAUUAGAUUACUAAUUUGCGCAUCGUUUAUGUUUAUAAUAAAUAAAAAGUUGUAAUAAAA